CCUCGCAAACUUUUUCCCGAGGAACCCGCUGCGUGGAAGUUGCCGGUGGCGGCGGCGGCCCGGCCCCGGGGGCUGCCUCCGCGCCCGCCGAGCGGGGAGGGCUUUCCGGGCGGGCCGGGCCGGGCAUGCCCGCCCUCCUGCGCUCGCCGGGGCACGGCCGGGCCGCCGCGGGCCGCCCGCGGGACCGUUAGCUCGGGGCGGCCGCGGUCCUGCGCGGCGUGGGGCGGUGCGGGGCGGCGGAGCGCAGCGCCAUGGCCCGGGACUGCGCCGCCCGCAGCCUGGACGGCAUCGACCUGGCGGCGCUGCGGGACCCUGCGGGGAUAUUUGAACUGGUGCAGGUUGUUGGAAAUGGGACAUAUGGACAAGUCUAUAAGGGUCGCCAUGUUAAGACUGGGCAGCUAGCAGCAAUCAAAGUGAUGAAUGUUACCGAGAAUGAAGAGGAAGAAAUCAAGCUGGAGAUAAAUAUGCUAAAAAAGUACUCCCAUCACCGGAAUAUUGCUACAUAUUAUGGUGCAUUUGUAAAGAAAAGUCCUGCAGGCCAAGAUGAUCAGCUCUGGCUGGUGAUGGAGUACUGCGGUGCGGGCUCUGUCACUGACCUCGUGAAGAAGACGAAAGGGAACUGUUUCAAGGAAGAUUGGAUUGCGUACAUCUGCAGAGAGGUUCUCAGGGGCUUGGCACAUCUUCAUGCUCACCAUGUUAUCCAUCGAGAUAUUAAAGGACAGAAUGUCCUUCUCACAGAAAAUGCAGAAGUAAAACUGGUGGAUUUUGGUGUAAGCGCUCAACUGGAUAGGACUAUUGGGAGAAGAAACACAUUUAUUGGCACACCGUAUUGGAUGGCGCCUGAGGUCAUUGCUUGUGAGGAGAACCCAGAUUCUACAUACGAUUACAGAAGUGACCUGUGGUCUCUGGGAAUCACUGCUAUUGAAAUGGCCGAAGGAGCUCCUCCCCUGUGUGACAUGCACCCCAUGAGAGCGCUCUUCCUCAUCCCACGGAACCCGCCCCCAAAGUUGAAAUCCAGAAAAUGGUCAAAGAAAUUCCUAAACUUUGUCGAAAGCUGCCUUGUAAAAAAUUAUUUGCAUCGUCCGUCCACUGAAACCUUGCUUAAGCAUUCUUUCAUCCGAGACAUGCAGAAUGAACGGCAAGUGCGCAUCAUGCUGAAAGACCACCUGGACAGGACCAGGAAGAAAAAAGGAGAAAAGGAAGAAACGGACUAUGAUUACAGUGGAAGUGAGGAGGAAGAUGAUGAGCUGAAUGAAGAUGAAGGAGAACCAAGCUCCAUAGUUAAUCUACCAGGGGAGUCUACUCUCCGCCGUGAAUUUCUGAGGCUGCAGCAGGAGAACAAAAACCGUUCUGACCCUCAUCGCCAGCAGCAGCAGCUGAAGGACCAGGAAAAAUACAAGAAGCAGCUGCUGACAGAGCGGCAGAAACGGAUCGAGCAGCAGAAGGAGCAGAGGAGGCGGCUGGAGGAUCAUCAGAGGCGAGAGCAGGAGCUACAAAGGCAGCAGGAGUGUGAGCAGAGGUGGCCAGAGGCUAAGGCCAUUCAGAGGAAAGAGGAGAGGUGUAAAGAAGACAAAAGGGCUGUGGAAGAUGAACGGUUCAUAGUAGAAGGACAGAAGAAAUCAGAAAAGAAGCAGAAGGUGGAAGAUGUGCAGCAUAACAGGAAGGUGCCUCGAACUCUCCCCAAAGAUCAGACACAGCUGCUGUCUCUCCAGCAUGACCACAAGCAGAAGAAGAAGGAGCCUUCUAAGAGUUCCCAUUCAGCAGUGCAUCCUCCAUCAAGCAGCACAAGCAAAGAGGCCGAGGACAGAAAAAAGAAAAGCGACAGCAUCCAGCCUUCCCUCCAGUGGCCAGCGGUGCUGGGGCACGAAGCCACGCCACACGCCAGGAUGGGAUCUGGCAGCAGUUCCAGCCCUUGCACCCCCGCGCCACAGAGAGCCGUGUUAGUACAGUGUGAAAAUUUCCGGGCUAGUAAGGAUGUGUACCACAGCAGUUCACUGUCAGAUAUGGUGACGGCACCACUCAGUCCUGUGCAGGAUGAUGUAUUCUGGAGCAUGAGUCCAAACGAAGAACCACCCCCAAAGGUUCCAGAAAGGACAACCUCUAAAUUUUACAGCAGGGAUCAGCCUGGCCAUCAGAGGUGCCUUUCAAGUAACACUCAUCAGUCAUCCCCUGGGGGACAUGCUCUGAAGUUAAACAGCAGCAGCAGCGCUCCUGGCAGCAAGCAGUGGGAGAUGGGAUCUCAUCAGAGCAGCCAGUCCACCUCAGGGAAUCCAGGACCGGCCAAGGCAGAGAACCCUUUGUCCCAGAACCACUUGCAGCUGCAUAAGAAGUCUGGCCUGGAUGGGAAACUUUUUCAGAUUGCAAGUCCAGGCUCCUUUGCUAGGGGAAAGGACAGCGCCAACUCAUUAUUAAAAGCAGCAGACUAUUCCUCAUCAAGCGAUGAAGUCAGCAGCAGUGAUGAAGAUGAUAUGAACCACACAAGGCAACUGCUAAGCAGCAGAGUGGCAGAUUUCUCAAGGACAAGAGUACCAGAUGGAAUUGAACUGAAACCCCAAAGCACCGUCGCAGAACAGAAGGAUCAGAUUUUAGGGAAACAAAUUUCUAGCACCCAAGAAGGCCUCUGGGGAAUAAACAACCAGAACUAUCUCCUGCCAGAUCUCCUCCAGCAAAGCCAAAUCUCAGACUCCUCUGUGAACCUGCCAAAAGUGCCACUGACUAGCCAAGAACCUCAGAACAAACCUCUGAAUAAGACCCCAAGCACUGAAAGCACACCUUCAAAGAGCAGUACGUCAUCUACAACAUCAUUUACUUCAUUCAUAGAUCCUAGACUUCUGCCAAUCACCCCUCCCACCAGUCCAGUAGGACCUUCCUGUAGUUCUCCACCUAGUGCAAAACCUGAGCCUGUCAGGAGAGAAAAUGCAAGGAAGGGCUCCGUUGUCAACGUCAACCCAACGAAUAUCCGCCCACAGAGUGACAGUCCAGAAAUCCGUAAAUACAAGAAGAAAUUCAACUCGGAGGUCCUUUGCGCUGCUUUGUGGGGAGUAAAUUUACUGGUGGGAACAGAGAAUGGGUUGUGGCUGCUGGACAGAAGUGGGCAAGGAAGAGUUUAUUCGCUGAUUACAAGGAGACGAUUCCAGCAAAUGGAUGUUCUGGAAGGACUCAAUGUGCUAAUUACUAUAUCAGGGAAGAAGAAUAAGUUGAGGGUAUAUUACUUAUCAUGGCUGAGAAAUAAAAUUUUGCGCAAUGAUCCAGAAGUGGAGAAGCGGCAAGGCUGGGUGUCUGUGGGUGACCUGGAAGGCUGUGUACACUACAAAGUCGUAAAAUAUGAGAGAAUCAAAUUCCUUGUAAUUGCUUUGAAAAACUCAGUGGAGGUUUAUGCUUGGGCUCCAAAGCCUUAUCACAAAUUCAUGGCUUUUAAGUCCUUUACCUCACUCCAUCACAAACCACUGUCAGUUGACCUGACCGUUGAAAAUGGACAAAGAUUAAAAGUCAUAUAUGGCUCAGUAGUCGGCUUUCACGCUAUUGAUGUGGAUUCUGGAUCUGUGUAUGACCUGUACCUUCCAACGCACAUCCAGGGGACUAUUCGCCCACAUGCCAUUAUCAUCCUCCCGAAUACCAGCGGAAUGGAGCUCUUACUCGCCUAUGAAGAUGAAGGCAUCUACAUUGAUAUAUACGGGCAUUUCACAAAGGAGACUGUUUUACAGUGGGGGGAAAUGCCAGCAUCUGUAGCUUACCUUCAAUCUAAUCAGGUCAUGGGCUGGGGAGAGAAGGCGAUUGAACUGCGCUCUGUGGAAACAGGAAAUUUGGAAGGAGUAUUUAUGCACAAGAAAGCACAGAAGCUAAAAUUUCUAUGUGAAAGAAAUGACAAGGUGUUCUUUGCAUCUGUACAGUCAGGCGGCAGCAGUCAAAUAUACUUUAUGACUCUUGGUCAAAAUGUACUAUUCAACUGGUAAAUCACAUCAAAAUGAAGGAUGCUUCAAAAUUCCCUGUAGGUAGCAGUGUACAAUUCUCCGAGGUAAUAUACAUAAAUUUGCACUUUUAACCUACAAAAAUGUUGUCGUCAUUAACAAAAUUCAUACUCCUUCAGUUUGGAAAGAAUUCAAUUUUCCUUUCGAAGUACUGCAAACAUGUUUAGUUUGUCUUCUAAAAUAUGUUGCAAACCAAGAUUGUACUCACAGUGUUAGGCGAGAAGAACUUUAAUGAAGAAUGUAGCCAAUAUAAGAAGCUCCUGUACUCCAAAAAGUGUAUGGUUUCAUUUUCACAGAUGAUGUAAAGUUGUUAUCUUGAACUGAAGACUCUUUCUUUUUCGGAGAGCAGCAUCUGUAGGUAGAAAUAAAAACCCCAGACAAGUUGGGUGACAAACCGGAACCUACCUGAGUUUGAAUGGGGGUUGGCUCUUUUUGCAUUUUAAGCAAGCUGUUCCUGGUUCACCUGUAUCACUUGUCCAAGACUUAAAAUCGGUGAAAGAGCAACUGUUCAUGAUGCAGCCUAACGCAGACUGGAACACUUGAGGGAUCGUCUCCUGUGCUAGGCAGGCAGGUGCAUUUCACUGCAGAGUUGUAAAAGCAGCUACUUUUAGACAUGUGCCCCAUCUGGUAGGGGACAGACUCUUGGGGCUGGAUGCCUGAGCCCACAGACACAGUUACUGUAGAAUGUAUUUGUAAAAAUAGUUUAAAUAGUAGUUUGUCAAAAUCAUAUUUGCAUAAAGCAUUAUGGAUCUGAACUCGUAACUUUUAUUCAGACACGGGACUCACGCUCAUAUGAGUGGAUUUAAAGGCACUACCCAUGUAUAUAAGGGCACAGGAUCAGGCACCUUCUUUUCUUCCCUUCUUGCUCUUUCAGCAUCAAGUCUUCAAGUAUUUGUGUGUAAAUAUAAUCUUUUCACAACGGAUGUUAAGAUUAACAAAUGUAUUCUUAAUAUAGUUAUGAAAAUGUCCAAAGAGUUAAUCUGUUAUAAAUAGAAAAUAUAAUUAAUUUCAGGUGCUUUCUAUGCUAAUUACAUCUAAAUAAAGCUGCAUCCACUAGU